AACAGGAAGUGCGAAAGCGCAUCUGAAUGGCGGCACAGUUGGUGUGUACGAUGGGUUUGAAAUAAUAUUUCUCCAGUUCUCUUCGAGUCUGCACUGUGUUUUCAGUAGUGUUAGUAUCCUUGUUUAGCUCUAGAAUAUUUCCCACAGGCUAACGGAGCAGCGCUCUGACUGCUGGGAAGAUGAUUCAUCGUUUUAUAGAGACUGAGGCGGGUCUUCGUGUGUAUUUCAGCCACUGAAGGAUAAUGAUGUGUAGUUUAUUGACGCCUCGCACGAGACGAACAGCGUGUGUGAGAGAUGCAGCUGCGCGGCCGGUGUAAAGUCCAUCGUGUCGCGGGCGAGGAGCCGUUUAUUACCGUCGCCUCUGGCAGCGUUAGCUUAGUUUGAGGAGCGGGUUAGCUUAGCUUAGCUUAGCUUAGGUUAGUUUGAGGAGCGAUGCGUGUCUCGGCCGGAGGAGGAUGAAGCCGCUGCUGCUGCUGCUGUGCUCGGUGUCGGGACUCUGCUGCUGGUUUCCUGUUCAACAUGGCCAUUGUUCAGAGCAGACACACACACACACACUGACCACACGAGCGGUCAGUCACCAGCCGGUGAUUGAUGGGAGCGAUGAGCAGAACAUCUUCAUCAGUGAUGUGGAGUCUUCCUCAGUGUCCUCGCGGAUCACACACAUCACUCCAGUAUCUGCCGCCCCUCAUGUGUGCGGUUCGUCCGAGUGCGUCUCCUGCCGGGAUUGCACAGCUUCAGACUCCUGCUCUGCUGAAAGCGGCAUCACAGAUGCGUGUACAGCUGCAUGCGACGCUGCAGAAAAGCUCCGCUACGACCCUCAGCUCAGCAGUUUUCCAGCGGUUCAAGAGAGCAUCAGUGUCCAUGAGUCGAGAAAACCCACUAAAGACCAAACCGGGAACAGGACCAACACUUCCCACAUCCUGAAAGAUCAGGGCUCCAGCGGCUCCGCAGACAGUGACCCGUCUAUGCCCUGCAGAGAGCAGGAGAUCCCCACCUUCGCCGAGUGGACCAAGAUCAUGCUGGAGGUGGAGAACGAGAAGAGUCAGAUCACACACCUUUCUGACGGCCCCCUCGCUGCGGGGAAGAAGCUGCAGCAGACCGUCACCAACUACGCCUCCGUGGAGUGUGGAGCCAAGAUCCUGUCCUCCAACCCCGAAGCCAAGAGCACUUCAGCUAUUCUGAUGGAGAACAUGGACAUGUACAUGCUGAAUCCCUGCAAUAACAAGAUCUGGUUCAUCAUUGAGCUCUGUCAGCCCAUUCAGGUCAAGCUGCUGGACAUCGCUAACUUUGAGAUCUUCUCCUCAAACCCCAAAGACUUCCUAGUCUCAAUCAGUGACAGAUAUCCAAACAAAAAGUGGGUGAAGCUCGGGACGUUUCAUGCACGAGAUGAGCGGACGGUGCAGAGUUUUCCUCUGGAUGAGCAUCUGUUUGCCAAAUACAUCAAGGUGGAGCUGCUGUCACACUUCGGCUCAGAACAUUUCUGUCCUCUCAGUCUGAUCAGGGUUUUUGGCACUAGUAUGAUGGAGGAGUAUGAGAUGAAUUCCGAGCCAUCAGACAGACAGACGCACGUUCAAGAUGAGCAUGAUUACGAUCAGCCUCCUGAUUUUAUGCCAGUAGAUGAGAAAUCCUCCAAAAACCUGAUCGGAUCUGCCAAAGAUGCUCUUCUCACUAUGGUCAACAACAUUGCUGCCAGUGUGCUGGGGGGACCUCCAGAGACCACAGCAGGAAACUCUUCCACUGAAGGCUUAAACAUGACAGAAGUGGUUUUCCCUCCUGGAUCGAUGCACACCGCUGCAUCCACUUGGCCAGUGACUGUGGUGGCGGAUCCGCUUGAUGUUGUCGGGAUCACAGAAACCGCCAGCAUUACUCAAGAGACGGCAGCGGCACGCACCCCGCCGCUCACUGACGCUGCUGGAGACGCUCCGGUCCAAACCACGCCUGACGUAGAGCAGAUCGUCACUCUGCUGCCCGACGCCGAGGACGAGCCGGAUCGGUCCUCUGGGAGAAUCACAGACGAGUCUGAAACGGAUCAUGUGAAUGAAAACACAGUGCACUCUGAAUCUGCCUGCUCCCGUUCACACAGAGUCUCGCUUCAAGAGCACCUUCUGCAGCGCUGCUUCUCUCCAGACUUUAUCCAGAAGAGGAAGCCGAGCUCACGUUCUCACGCUGCUCCAGCCGUCAUGACCCCAGCUAUAUCCACAGUCACAGAGGAGCCGGAGAGUCCUGUCAUUCACACCCGAGAUCUUGCUCCCAGUCUGACUUCAGAUCUGCUCAGGCUGGUUUCUGCUGACUCUCUGUCCUCCAGAGCGACGCAGCCCAUUGAGCUGAUGUGUCCGUCUGCCACAGAGUGCCUUACAGCCACAGUUCCUCAGCAGAGCACUGAUGGUCUGAGUGAGUCCAGCGAGAAACCCAAUCCUGAGACGCUCUCAGACGUCAUGACCACCUCUGCUGCACUGAGGAGAGAUCAGGUCGCUCCUGAGCUGCUGUCGGUCUCAUCAGAGCAGGUCAGCCUUGAAAAUGACAUUUCAACUCCUACUGUUUCCAUGAAUACAGCAGACGAGUCUCAGCUCUCCUCUGUAUCCGCUCUUGUGGAUGAACCAGCGAUCCCCCGUGAAGCGCUGACGCCGGAUCAUCCCGUUCAUCCCUUAGACGGGUUCACAGGGUCAGCAGAGUCCAAACGCAAGGAGCUCUUCGAUGAUGAAAGCAGCGCUCAUAUUGAGCAGAUCUACACGGAAAUGCAGAACUCCAGCGACGUGCACGCGCACGGCUCCAAUCAGAAAGAGUCUGUUUUCAUGAGGCUCAACAAUCGCAUCAAGGUGCUGGAGAUGAACAUGUCGCUCAGCGGACGCUACCUGGAGCAGCUGAGCCAAAGAUACAGAAAGCAGGUGGAGGAGAUGCAGAAAGCUUUUAACAAAACCAUCAUCAAGCUUCAGAACACCUCCAGAAUGGCCGAGGAGCAGGAUCAGAGGCAGACGGACUCCAUCCAGGCUCUGCAGGCUCAGCUGGAGAACAUGACGCAGCUCGUGCUCCGUCUGUCUGUCAGCGUGAGUCGACUGCAGCGAGAGGUGUCUGACAGGCAGAGCUACAUCCUGCUGUGUCUGCUUCUCUGUGUUCUUCUGUGGCUGCUGAUCUGUAUGAACUACCGUCAGAUAUCAGAGAGUCCUGCUGUCGAUUCCCAGAGAUCCUGCUGCUCAGAGAGAGAGCUGUCUAAUGAUGAACCCGUGCUGCUGAGACGCAGAGCCUCUGAUCCGCUGUCACUCUCGUCCCUCCAGACGCCUGACGGCGGUUCAGGAGAAACCAACAGCUUUAAGCAGUGGGAAGAUUGUCAAGUUAGUAGAAAAAAGAAGCACAAAGUGAAGCUCAGCAAAGGUCCAGAGACGCUGGCUGCUCCACCGCUCGCAGACGGCAUUCCCCAGACCACCAUCGGUCCUCUGGGUUUGGAGACGGGCCCUCGUCCAGACGGCAGAGACGUGAUGUCCGACGGCAGCUCUGAGGGCUCCUCGCAGGCCGAUGAGACUCUGUUCUGCGGAAUCACCACGUGUUCUCAUCUGUGUGAGGCGUUACCGGCUCCGAAACGCUGGACGCAGAGCAGAUCCCAGCAUCAGCGCGGCUCCAGACGCUCCCAACAUCACCAGCAGCCUCCGCAGUGCAGCGGCCCCCCGCCGGGGUUAGGACCCACGCGCAACCGCCUCUGAGAUGCUGUGAGAACUGAACUGAACCGAAGCGACUCUGAGCUCAGUUACACUGGAGAUGUGAAGACACUGGGCGCUAAACCUGCACAGACCCCUCAAACCUUCUGUUCAGCACUGAGGCUUAUGCAGUUGGGUUUGUUUUUUUCUAAUUAUGUGCCACAAACUUUCAGA